AUGUCGACUAAGGUUGCAAUUGUCGGAGCCAGUGGGAACGUCGGCCCAGCAGUUCUCGAGCAACUCCUCGUCGCUGGAUUUGAUGUCACUGUUCUCACUCGAUCAGAUAGUGACAAGAAGUUUGACUCCCGAGCUCAAAUUGCCAAAGUAGACUAUGAGUCCUUUGACUCUCUUAAGGAUGCUUUGGCGAACCAGGAUGUUGUUGUUAGCACCCUUAAUGUCGGUGCUGUUCCACUUGCUAUCCAUUCUCGUAUCAUCGAUGCCGCCGCAGCCACAGGAGUGAAGCGAUUUAUUCCUUCCGAGUAUGGCUGUGAUACCACCAACGCCCAGGCCGCUAAGCUACCCGUGUUUGGAGACAAGGUCAAAGUCCAAGAACAUCUCAAGAAUACAUCCCAGACCUCCGGUCUCAGUUACUCGCUACUUAUCACCGGCCCCUUCCUCGACUGGGGUAUUGAGAAAGGCUUCAUUCUUGAUACCUCCGGUCCUGUUGUCACCCUCUACGAUGGCGGCGAGCAGCGCUUCUCAACCACCACACUCAACGGUGUGGGCAAGGGUGUAGUUGGUAUCAUUAAUAACCUUGAUUCUACCAAAAACAUUCCUGUCUAUGUUGAAGAGGCCAGAGUGUCCCAGAAGGACCUUUUGCGAUUGUCCGGCAGCAAGAUUGAUACUCAGAUUGUCCAAACUGUGGACCUGGAAAAAGGAGCCUUCGAGGAGCUUGGAAAGCCGUCGCCAAAUCCAGCAGUCUUUGCAACCAAAUUUAUCUUGAGAAGCAUCUUCGGUGAAGGCUUUGGGUCCCUCUUUGACCCCAAGAAAUUGUCAAAUGACUUGUUCGGCUUGAAGCCCCUAUCCGAGGAAGAACUUCGUGGGCUUUUCGCCAAUUAA